AUCAGCAAUUGGUUGCCAAGAAAAGUGAUAUUACCGUACUGUAUUGUACGUCUUGGCAUUGUUUAUCUCCGAAGCGCCGCAGCUGCGAAACUCCAGUUGCUCCUGAGUAAGACAAUCACCUCAAAGGCUCGCCAUCCAAAACGAGCUCUGGCAAAGCCAGGGUAGAGCUAGACAGCUAUAGCCAUGCUCGCGGCACGAGGUCGCUCGAAUUCUGAUCUACUCUCACCCUCUAGCUACGACGACGAUGUCCAUUCACCGCGGUCGCUAUCGGACCAAGAUUCCGACUCCGAGGAUGACGAAUUCCUACGUGCGAACCGGUCGACUUUAGAAGUUGCUCGAUACGAUAAGACAGUUUUGGAAGAGGAGGAAGAGAUGGAAAAGCUAUUAGUCAGGAGCAGCCCUGCCGAUGGCUUGCGGAGAAUCUUCAGUCCAACAGUCGGUCCGGUACGGAUAGGCAAAAGGGAUCGGAGUCGACGAAGGGAAAGAAGAGGGAGCACUCAAAGAAUUCCGCACCAGGAGGGUGACCUGAUGUUUGAGAUGGAAGAGGGAUUUAAGGAUCAAUCAGAUGAUGACGACGAUAUCGAUUCUUUAGAUUUGGAUCAGAAAGAGCUAGAUGAUUGGGAGCCUAGACGAUCUACCAAGAGCAGAUUUUUGCGCCUUUUACUUAUAUUUUCCGCCAUCAUUGUUCUCUUCCUCAUCCUUCUUUUAGGUGCCUACAAGGCAUCUAGCGACGUUCAAACCUCGAAUCCCCUCACCACCCUCCUGUCAAACGGAACAGCCCUCUUUGGCCCAACUACUAUAUUGAUAUCUCUUGAUGGCUUUCGCGCUGAUUUUCUCAACCGUGGACUCACUCCAACGCUCAAUUCCUUUAUCGCUAAAGGUGUUUCGCCCAGAUACAUGACUCCAAGCUUCCCUAGCGUGACAUUUCCGAAUCAUUUCACACUCGUUACUGGCUUGCAUCCCGAAAGCCACGGAAUGGUGGCGAACGACUUUUACGAUCCGAACAUGAAAGAAUUAUUCACUGUCAGCCCCGAAUCCUCGGUGGAGGCCAAAUGGUGGACGGCGGAGCCACUUUGGACCACUGCUGAGAAAAGAGGCGUUCGCACUGCUAUUCAUAUGUGGCCCGGAUCAGAAGCACACAUUGGAGAAAUAGACCCGACGUUUUAUGAUAAAUUUAACGGCUCUGAACUCUUAUCACACAAAGUAAAACGUGUCAUGGAAUUCUUAGAUUUACCUGGAGAAGAAAGCGAUUCCGAUGUGGAAAAACUUCGACCUCAGUUCAUAGCUACUUACGUGCCGAAUGUCGAUACUGCGGGGCAUAAAUAUGGUCCAAAUAGCACCGAGAUUCGAGACGUUAUCUCCAAUGCCGAUGCUAUGGUAGGCGAUAUAUUACGCGGUGUCGAGGCUCGAAACUUGACAGAUAUUGUCAACAUUGUAGUCGUCUCCGAUCACGGGAUGGCCACUACAUCUUACCAGCGCACCGUCCAGUUAGAAGACUUGAUUGAUAUUGAUUUGGUAGAAUACAUCGAUGGGUGGCCACUCAGAGGACUACGACCGAAGCGAGAUGAAGAUUUAGAUGUCCUAAAAAGUCAGUUAGCCGAGCAUGCAGAGAACUUCUCGGAUGCCAUUGAAGUCUAUACACGAGAAACAAUGCCCGAAAGAUAUCAUUUUUCAAACAACGAUCGUAUUGCGCCUCUUUGGGUCAUUCCCAAGGCUGGCUGGGCUGUCGUGGAGCGACCUGACUUCGAUGUAAAGGAGGCAAUGGAGAAAGAAAUAAUCUACCGCCCCCAGGGACUCCAUGGCUAUGAUAAUCAACAUCCCCUCAUGCGUGCGAUUUUUGUGGCGCGUGGUCCUGCCUUUCCUCACCCUCCCAACAGUCGAGUGGAGAACUUUCAAAAUACCGAGGUAUACAAUCUGAUCUGCGAGUCAAUCGGACUCACUCCACUUCCCAACAACGGCACCCUUCAUCUCCCGCUAGAAACAAUAGGUUUGCAUAGUGAUGAAGACGCACCAGAACUAGAAAGCCCAGAAGAUCCGCCUCAAACAACAACCGGGCCUUUUCUCCCUACAUCUACACUCCCAACACUACCAUUUAUACCUGCCGAAACAAUCUCCCCCGACGUCCCUGCUGCCCCUGAACCUGGUACGGACGAUGAGGAUGACACAGAAGAUGAGUCUAAAUCAUCGUUGCAGUCGUUUUUCGAUGGCGUGAAGGAAACCGUAAACUCUAUCAAGGACUGGUUCGGUCAGUUGUGGGAUGCAAAAGAAGACAACAAGCCUCCCGAGUCAUGAUGUUCAGGAAUUAACUUCAACAUGAACUCACGGAGCGACGGAAUUAUUUCCUUCUUUUAAUAGAUUUGGAUCUUGGCUGGCGUUGGAUGGCGAUGCACUUAGUCGUUUUAUCGUGCUUUGUACUGUCCUCGAUACAUGUAUUCCAGUUAGCAUAAUGAUACCCCUGCUGUAAACGAAUUCGUCAUUUCGAGGUCGUAGCUUUGCGGACUAAUUAACAAUUUGGCCUAAAGCAUUCUGGUAGUUGAAUUAGCAAGAGAAGAGCUAUUACGAUCUUGAGAAUUCAGUUUCUUGACACACCACUUGAUGUAUCUACAGCAGACUAGGUCAGAACCGCGUACCCGACUCGCAAUGUCAUUAGUAAUAAAAUAAAUCG